UGUUGACAGUAACACAUCCUUUGCAAGAGUGAAUUACUGCUGUCCCUUUGAUUGCUUUGUUCAUGGUCAGAGGAUGAACUCCUGUGGAGUUAAAAAAAUUACGUUAUCUGAAACCAUAAAAUCCACAUGAAGUGACCUUUCUGUGAGUCGCUUUGUGACCGUUUAAUCACAGAUCAUAAUUAAUGUUUAACUAAAGUUCAAGUUACUGUCAAAAUGUGCUGCAGCUGCAUCAUCCUGCUCCAUGGUGUGAAGCUGUUACUCCCAUUUUAGUCAUUUUAAAAAUACAAACUGUGUCAAACCUAGCUUCCCUGCUAAUAAGGAUCAAAGUAACAUUAUACAAAUAUGACAGUAAAAUAUCGAUGGUUUUUUAGACUUUAUCUCCUGGUGGAGAAAUCUCAACCUUGGCCUCAGCAAAACUGUAAAAACACAAAGAAACUUGAGCAGAAUCAUCUCCAGGUUUCACAUUUAUCACGAUGGAUUUUCUUACUCAUACUUUUCCCCCGUCUAAAGCUAGGAGAAUCAGCCCUGAUAUUUCCAACUGUGAAGAAAAAAAACAACCAAGCAUUAGCUUUAAAGCUCUGGUUAUGCAUGUGUGACCUUAACAGAAUGUUCUCGCCUCGUCUCUCUCUCGUGCCUGUCUAAUCAUUUCGAUCAAAAAAUCUGUUCUCAGCUCAGGGAUCACUGUGUGCAGUUUGCAGCAGCAUAAACACAUUAUGGAUUAAGUGUGAUCCCGGCGAUAACAUCAAUACAACAGAUGGCCUCAGUGUAUUUAUCACGAGAUGCUCGAGUCUUUUCGAGGGUUAAUUGAAACAGCAUGGCCUUUAAGGCAGGCCCAGUGAGUUUUACAGGCACAACACUGCAGAGGAAUGCAGAGUGACACAGCAGAGGUUUCAGCUCGGACAUCAUGAACUCCUGGGUACAUGUAGUGCUUACUGCUGCACUCAAUUACUACAGGAUUCCUAUGCUGCUCGAGGAUGUACAGAAGAUAAGCGUGAUAACCGUUAAGUCUUGACAUGAACACCAAUUAAGUUCUUAAGAGAGAGAGGGGGAGUUUUUUUUUCUCUCUGUAAGAUGCAAACUGACAACCCCUCUGAGGGGGAGUGGCUGCGAAUUUCUAAGUGUUUUUUAAAGCUGCACCACUUUCUGUUUCCUCGGUAUUUAAAUUCUGAGCACACACGAGCAAUUACAACCAGUGGAGCACACAAACUAACCCCUGUGGCACCAGUGGCAAAGUCUGAAAGCGAUAGGCACCGAGCCAACGAUGACGGAAGGCUCUCUGCUUGAGAGAGCUGAUGUCAUAGGAAGCUGCGAGGCAGAUUUGUGGCUUCUUUUUUGUUGUUUUCUUGCUUAAAACUUCACUGCAGUGCCUCAGUGUCCUUCAGUAACCGUGAAGCUCUAACUGAAUAGAUUUAAACUGAUUGAAUCAUGUGUGCCUGGGCCGUUUAUGUGACACAGAAUCAGAUGAAGUAGUGAUACUUGUCAGCACUCGUACAAUCACUUGAUGAUUGAUUCAUGUGAUGGAGUUACCAGGCUGCAGCCCCACCCCCCAGCACAGUCCUCCUGCAGCCAGAUAAACCUAUUAUCAGUGUUGUUUUCUUAUCAGGCCUUACUCCUCAGACAAUCAGCUGCACACUGAACACAGGGAUGCAAAUAUCAGUUUAGGAUUUCAAAUGAAAUCAGUGACCUUUAAGCUUUAUCUGAGCUGAUGCCUGCUUGAUAAAUCAGGUGCUAAUGGAAAGAUAAAACACAGUCACCCUCUCCUUUAUAAGCACAGUCUCUUCUAUUCGCUCUCUCUCGUGUAUUUAACUCGUCAAACACAUUAAUUGGGGCAUAUUCAUGCAUAGGAGUUAAUCCAAUCCAGCUCUGUGUUGUUGUUGCCCAUGUUCGACUUUAAGAGAGCUAUGUGGGCGGUCCUAGCGCGCAGACCAAUGAAUCGCCGUCUCUGUUUAAAUAGUCCUUGAUGUCAACUUCUUCACUCAUAGCUCCCUCUAACGCCAUGUUGGCUGUUAUGACUUGACUUGUUGUUUUCAUCAGCCUUACUACGGACUUGACAGGAGUGGCUCUUUUAAACACCCCCUGCUCUGCGCCUUUUGGAGACGCUUUAUUCCUUCUCUUUUUUUUUUUCCUUUUGCGCGUACGCGCUUUGGAUGAUACGCGCGGAGUACUAUGCAUGCAUCAUUCCCGUGAUUUUGCAUUUGAAAGGAAUACAACUUGGAAAUAACAGUUUGAGAGGCUGUAGCUGUUUUGUGUGUGAGUGUGUGUGUGUGUGUGUUUUUUUUGUUUUUACCCCGGUUGUCAUAUGUGCAACAAAAUGUCAGAUGUUCGCCUUUCUAAUGCGAGCCCGACAUUGGAGAGGGUGGAUGCGCGGCAGCAGGACAACCGCAGACCUUCGGUUUGCAGAAAUCUUUUCGGCACACCUGACCGAGAGGGGCUACAGAGGAAUGCUGAGGCUCACAGGCAGGAAGAACUGCAGGCUUUUAGGGAAAGGUACAAUUUUGAUCCGGAGACCGACAGGCCGCUCUCUCCGGGCAAUUACGCGUGGGAGGAGGACAGCAACCCACCGGAGUUUUAUCUCAGACCGCCUCACGGGACCCAGCGGCCCCAGCGAGAUGCGGACUCACCCGGCGAUAAUAACACCCGGCGGGACGCCGAGGAGAGGAGUGGGAGGCGGCCGAAUCACCAACCGGACCGAGAGGGUUCGAGGAAAAGACGUCCAGGACCUCCAGGUCCCUGCUCCGGCGAGUGUCAGAAUAAAAAGCCGCAUACCGACGGAGAUGAUGAUGAAGACCAGUCGGACCGAGGUGCAGGAAGUCAGGCGGUGAAAGCCGCGGAGGAGAGACCCAACAGGCCAGAGAACGGCGCGGAAGUCCAGUGAAAAACUGCGCCAGAGCGGGAGAGACCUGUUGCUGGUGGAAUACUGUAGCGUUUCUCAUCAUCUGACAGACGAGGGGGGUGGGGGGAGAAAUUAAAAAAAAAAAAAGGCAGCCUUUUCCUAAAGAAGGGGAGGUGGAGAGGCUGCACAAGCACUGAAUAUGUACACUAUCAAGUUUUGGCACUCAUUUUUAAUUAAAUUGCCUCAGAAGCAGCAGACAAUGUAGCAGUGUGCAAAUGGAUUUUUGCUCAUAUUUUUUUUUUUUUUUACCUACUACCUAUGUUUCAGAUGUAGCACAUAAAAAAGCAUAAUAUGCUUUUCAUACCGUUUUGUUAAAUGUAUUUGAGUAAGUGUGUGAAUUUGACUCGGGAAGUUGCAGUGCAAUUUCCAACAGAGAAAUAUUAUUUUGUUAAAAUGGUCAUAUUGUAUCAUUUAUUCAGGUAAAUUCAUGUAAUGCAGAUUUCAAAAGUCAGGGUUUUGUGGAAACAAAAAAAAAAUGUCUUCACUUUUUCUGUGGCUUUAUUUGUCCCCAGUGUUAAACAUCUUGUUUUUUGAAGGCCCAGAUGGCCACACUGUAAGUUGAGGGUCCAUCUAACUGGGAUCAGCCAUGAUAGAUAAAAGUUUACAUGCAGAUAAUAUCUCUUUAUUUCCCCUUUUUUAUUUUAUUAUUUUUAUUCGGGGGGUUUUUGCCAAAGUUUGUACCUUUUUUUCCCUGGGGGGUGAGGGGUGGGGUGGGGAGGGAGGGAGGCUAAACUGCUGAGCAAUAUCCAACCAAAUUUGUAACAGUAUUUGCUAAUAAUCCUAAGAAUUAGCUUUUAUUUUUUAAAUUAGGUGAGUUCAUAUUUUAGUGGCUCGUAGGUCACAUAUCCCAACCCUUAAUAAAAUUCCACAGUCCAGGUUAACAUAGAUAAAAUAUGUUAAAAUCACUGGGCUGCCUAUUAUGCAAAUAUGUGAAUCAAAGAUUUGUCUUUGUGGUGUGGAAUUCAUGUGGAACAUGUAAUUGCACUAUUGUUAAUUUCUCAUUUUAUUUUUUGUGAAGGCAGAAAACAAAGUUACACUGCCUUACAUGGUGUCAAACUUUGAAGUGUACCUGUGUGCCUUUUUUUUAUUUUCUUUUUUAGUUUUUGUUUUGAAAAACACUGAAAAAAUUAUACUAACUUAUUUAUGUUGAGCUUUUUUUGUGGGUGUAUGUAAAGCUUCCCAAAGCAAAAUUCUUGUGCAUUUUUGUAAAUAUAUAUUUUCAUUAUUGUUUUUAAGAUAAUAAAACUGUUGCAAAACUGA